AUGCGUCACGAUGACACCCAUUUAGAAUGUACCAGCGGUAUAAAAAACAGUUGUAUACUACUUGUAGUACUCCCUAGAGUUCCCAUAAAAAAAUUAGGUUAAAAAUUGUUGUUAUGUGCAAUUUGGAUGACAGGUUUUAUGAAUUUUUUUUCGCUGUGAGAACCUUUGCAAUGCCCGAAAUUUCUUGACGUGCCCCUUCCCUUCGACUUGAUCCGUGUCCGAUUUACAUCCCUCUCAACUUGAUCCAAUUAGGUAAACUUUCCCCAUUUUCAGACAAAAACUCGACGCAUCAGAGCCUCCGGCGUUCUCUCCGCCUCGCUUUUCGAAACGUUGACGACGUGUCGUCGGUUUCGAAAUCGCCAAAAAACAAAAUUUUUUCGGAUUUCAUAAGGCCAGAGGUAGGUUUUUUUGGGAAAUUUUUCAAAUUUCUCUUGCGAAAUAACAAAUUUGCGGUGAGAAAUUACCUCAGGGGUUUUGGAGGAGCCAUAAAAUUAAUGAAAUUACCGGUUUCAUCAAAAAGUUUCGCUCGAUUCUCGAGAUUUACGACCUUGUUUUAGUCAGUAACGCCUAAAAUAAGGUCGGAAAUGGGGCAGGCCCUGAGUCGAGAGGGCGCUCAGGUAAAUUUGGAGGGUAUUUUUGAUCGUAUUUUAGAUCCCCGUCAAUAUUUGGUUGAAAAAUUAGCGAAUGAUGGGGUUUUUGAAAAUUUCCAGAAAAUCCGUCAUGAUGACAUGAUCUUGAAGAUCUUGAAAACGAAAAAUUUGGAGUCAGCUAAAAGUAGUGAUAACUUCGAAUGUUGCAAAAAAUAUUUUGCCUUGAAAUUGUCCAAUGAUCAGAAUUUUUCAAGUCAGGAUGACGGAUUUUUUGGAAAUUUGGGAUUUUUUGGAUCUCACAUUUUUUGAGCAAAAUUGGAAACAUCAACUUGCUACGAAAACCAUUCUGUAUAUCGUAUUUUACAAUUUGAUUUGACAGAAAUCUUCCAAUCUUUAAAUUUCCAGAAAAUGUGUCAUGAUGACAUGUUUUUAGAGACUUUGAAAUCGAAAAAUUUUUAAUGAAUUGAUGCUCCAAGACAAGGGGGACGCUAUUAAAAAUAAUCUUGAGAUUUUUUAUCUGUGAUAAUAACCACUUUUUUCUUCAGGAUGACGGAUUUUUUGGACACUUCUUUUUUACUUUGAAAAUCUUGGAAAAAAAUGAAAAAAUAGAGAAUGGGUAGCACCAGGCGUAUUUUACAAUUUUUUUUUAAUUUCAGCUCAGCAUGGUCAGCAUUCUGCGCUCGUUUUCGCAGCGUUUCAACAAGAAACGCGCGCCGAAACCCGAGGAAAUUGUCGAGAAAUCGCACGGAAUCACAAAACCCGACCAGAUCAACACUCGCAAACAAUUCCUAUGCAAAAUCAUUUUGUUGGACGGCACCGAUUUGAACAUUGCAUUGAGCAGAAAGGCGGUGGGUCAAGAGGCCUACGACAAAGUGUUCAACCAUCUGGACUUGGACGAGAGCGACUAUUUUGGACUACAAUACACAGAUGCCUAUAAUGUGCAGGUAAGGAAAUGGAGUUUACUGGGGUUUUUGGGUUUUUUUAAGGUGAUGGAGACAUUUUAUACGAUGGAAUAUGUUUUUUAGAAAAAUUUUAUAGCCUAUUUUUUGGUAGAAAAUAGGAAAAUUUACGAAAAAUUUGCUUUUUCUCGGGUUUUAGUGGCUUAGCGACAUGUUAUACGAUCAAAGAUGUCUUUGCAAAAAUUUGGAAAAGCAAUUUUUUGGCCGCACCUUCAAGUAUUGCUAAAUUUUUGAAACUUCCAGCAAAAAUUCAUGAGGUGACAUUUUAUACGAUGGAAAAUGUUUGUUUUAAUUUUUUCGGAUUUUUUUGAAUCUUUGCCCUGGCUGAAUUUUUUUCUGCUUACAAAUUUUUUUUGUAGUGUUUGGGUGUCAUUUUAUACGAUGGAAAGUGUUUUUUUAAUCUUUGAAAUUUUUUGAUUUUUUAAUUAAUAUAGAAUGUUCGUAUUUUCGAAAAAAUUUUUGAUUAAAUUUAAUCAAUUUUUACUUUUUUUCAGCAUUGGCUCGACCCCUGGAAGAAGAUCCGAAAGCAGAUUUCCAUCGGCCGAAUUUGCACUUUCCGAUUUCAAGUCAAAUUCUUCUCUUCGGAGCCAUCAAACUUGAGGUCCGAGUUCACAAAAUACCAAUUCUUCCUGCAAUUGAAGAAUGAUAUCCGAACUGGAAAGCUGAAGUGCCCCAAAAGCGCUGUUAUUCCCAUGGCCGCUCUUCAAUUGCAAUGUAAGUUAGUCAUUUUAGUGUUGGUUACAAAUUUUUGUUAUUGUUCUUUGCACUUUUUUAGUUUGUUUUUUACCAUUAUUUCUCGAUUUAUUGGCUUUUUGAGACGGGUGACAUUUUAUACGACAAAAUGUGUUUUUUGUUUUUGGACAGGUUUCAUCGUAUAAAAUGGCACCCAAGUUUUUUCGAAGCGACUUUUGAUAUAAAUAUAUCGUAAAUUCAUUGUUAAUUUCCAGACUUAGAGUAAAAUACGAGUGUCUUAGUUUCCCAUUUUAUUUGUUUUUCAUCGUAUAAAAUGUCGCUUUUUCUCUCAAAAAUAUCGCUGAAAAUUGAAGAUUUUAAUUUCAAACUGUACAUUAGGUUCUGUGAAGCUACGCCUGAUUUUUUUUGUAAAAUACGCUUUGAUCCAGCGGAUCCAUUUUUCAUCGUAUAAAAUGUCGCCUUCUGAAAAAAAUUCUAAAAAAUCAAAAAAAAUAAUAAAUAUGCAAAUAAGCCACUUUUUACAGCGAUAAUUUUUUUGUAAAAUACGCAAUUUUUUGACUAUGUUUUUUCAUCGUAUAAAAUGUCCCCCUCCUCUAAAUCUCUUCAUUUUUCAGCGGAAUGUGGCGAUUUCAACCCCGAACAGCAUCAUGCGGCGUUCGUUUCGGAGUUCCGCUUCCAUCCCGAGCAGGACGAAGAGAUGGAAAUCGCGAUCCUCGAGGAAUGGACACGACUAAAGGGCCGAACCCCCGCCGAAGCCGAACAAUUCUACCUGGACCACGCGAAACGCCUCGAAUUCUACGGUGUGGAGCUGUACGAGGUGCUGGCCAAGGACGGAAAUCGCUACAUGCUCGGCCUAACCCCCUCCGGCGUCAUUGUUUUGGACAAUACGACCCUGAUCGGCCUGCUUUUUUGGCACUUUAUGCCCCAAUUCUCCUUCCACAACCGCCACAUUACCAUUGUGCUGGAGGAACAUAUUAGUGAGGAGAUCCAACAACACACCUUCGUCUUCGAGCUGGCCAGUCAAAAGGCCUCGAAACAUGUGUGGAAGAGGGCUGUGGAGUAUCACACUUUUUAUCGGAUGAAACGACACAGACCGCACAGGAAGGCCGCCGAUCAGAUUUUGAGGUUCAGAAGCACUUUUGAGCAUCGGUAAGUGUGGAAAUUUUUAGAGUUUUUGAAAAAAAAUUAGUUUUUUUUGAUUUUUUUUGUUGGAAAAAAGAUUUUUUUGAACGAUUUUUUCUGCGAAUUUUUGGGGAAAAAAUGAAAAAAGUUAAAUUUUUUGGAAGAUUUUUGAGAUUUCUUAAAUUUUUUUUAGAUUUUUUUGGUGGAAAGAGGAUUUUUCGGGGCGAUCUUUUUCUGCGAACUUUUUGGAAAAAAAAUUUAUCUGUAAAAAUUUUGAAAUUUUUUCAGAAUUUUAGAAUUUAAAUUUUUCAAUAAAUGAUUUUUUUGGCCUUUUUUGAAAGUUUAGGAUAUUUUUUCGAGAUUAUGACCUCAUUUUUUAAUUUUUUAAGGAGUGAUUUUUAAAUUAUUCUUCACUUCAAAAAUAAAAAAAAAUUCAAAAAGGUUUUUUUUUUGUGGAAAGAUCUGGGAUUUUUGAGGGAUUUUUAUAGGAUUUUUUCACAGAAAGUUGGAAUUUUAAUUUUAAAUUUUUCAAAAAAAAAAAUGAUUUUUUUAUUUUUUUUUUUUAAAUCUCAAAAAAAAACCAAAAAUCAAAAAAAUUCUUUUUUUUUUAUUUUUUUUUUCUGAAAAUUCCAAAAAAUCGUUUCAUAAAUUUCUCAACGAUUCGUUUCAUAUUUCACCCCAUCUUUUCAGCGGUCGUACCGAAUUCGAGAAUGUAAAUAACCCGUCUAUUCGGCGAGAUCAGCGCUCCAUUUCCUUUCAACGCAAGCCCUCGCAACGCUACGGGCCCAGACAGUCGCACAUCCAGCGGUUGCGGGAGGAAAGAGAACGGAAGAAUCAGGAGGCGCGCCAGAGACAGUUGGAGGCGCUGGAACAGGAGAACAACAAUGUGAAAACGGAGGACAAGCAGCUUUCGAGCGAGGAAAGCCGAGGUCCGCAGCUCGCUUCUCAGGUGCUGGGAAGCGUGCAGAGUCAGCAGGAGGAUGUGAAACAGCAGGUAAUAUCAUUUGAGAGCAUUUUGUUUUUAUCAAAAGCGGGGAAAAAUUGUAGAAAAACGCAAAAUUUUUGCUAUUUUUUGCCAUUUCAAUUCAAUUUAUUCACUAAUCACAUGUAUAAAAGCAUGGAGUGAAUCAGUUUGGUUUCCAUUGUCUGGUCAGUAUAAGAUCCCUCCAUCGUGGGCCAUGGUGUUUUCGAAACUCGUCGGUCCAUCUCGUCCGUGGGCGGCCAAGUUGUCUUGUGUAUGGGGGUGCCCAUUCCAGCAGUCUCUGGUCCCAUCUUCGUUCGUCUUUCCUAAGCUCCAUCUUUGUCAUGUAGUUCCAUUUUCGCUUCUUUGCUUCCAUACAUACAUCCUUCAAUCCAGUUCGAGCUCGGAUAUCUUCGUGGUUUAUAUGGUCCCUCAAAGAUAUACCCAGCAUCCUUCGUUCCAUUGAGCGUUGGCAACGCAUUAACUUUUCCUGUGCAUUUUUGGUCAGUGCCCAUGUCUCGCAGCCAUAUAAUAAUACCGGAAGAAUGCACAUGUGAAAGUAUUUACGCUUUAUGCUAAUGUCGGUUAGCCGGUGAGUCAAAAGGCUGCUUACUUGACGGUAGGAAUUCCAAUCGGAAGAAAUCCUCCUUGAAAUUUCCGUGAUGUGUUGUCGUCUUAAUGUUAUCUCAUGCCCAAGGUAUACAAAUUUGUCUACCUUUUCAAUUGGUGUAUUUUGAAAUGACAUGUCAAAAGGGGUUGAACACGUUCCCAUCCACUUUGUCUUUGAGGCAUUGAUUUUCAAUCCAAUUUCUGUCGCUGCUGUUGCCAGUUUUUCAACCAUCCUUUUAAGCUGGGUUUGUGUGCUAGAUACGAGGACAACGUCAUCAGCAUAUGCUAGGUAUUUCAUGCGAUUAUCGCCGACAAUAAUACCAUCAUUUCCCCAAUCUAUCCGAUCUAGACAGUACUGCAGUGUCAUAAUAAACAACAGCGGCGAGAGGGAGUCACCUUGUCGGACGCCUCUUUUUACGUCAAAGUCUGCUUCGCAAUCACCAAGAAUCACAGACGCAGUUCCACUUAGGUACAGUUGUUGUACCAUUCUUUUUGUACCUGGAUCGAUCUGGUAGUAAUCUAAUGCCUGCCAAAUUGUCGAGAAUUCAAUGCAUCAAAACGCUUUUUGAAAGUCAACAAAAAGCAUUUGAAGAGGCCGACUCCAUUCCGCAGUUUUUUCUAUUAGAAGAUUCACUGCGUGAACGUGAUCUACCGUGCUGUAUGCCUUUCUAAACCCAGCCUGCUCGCAUGGGAUCCGACAAGUUGCUAUUUCUGCUAUCCUUGCGGCGAUGACUCUUGUGACAACCUUAUAGAUCGUUGAUAACAGAGAGAUUGGCCUGUAAUUUCCAAGAUCACAUGGAUCACCUUUUUUGAAUAGCAAGAUCGUGUUUGCAUGAAUGAACCCUGAGGGGAAUUCAUUACGUUCAAACAUUGCAUUUACGUAAUCUGCUAAUUGCGAAGCGUAAAAGGGAACGCAAUAUUUUACUACAGUCGACGGAAAAUUUUGCCAUGGAUAAUAUAAUUUGUCUCAUGGAAAAACAUAAAAUAGGUUUUAAAUGGCUCUUUGGCCUUUGUAAAAUACGGUAUGUCAAGUUUUUGUAUAAAUUUUGAAAAUUUAUAAAAUAAUGUUCAUAGAACUUUCUAGUCUUUGUAAAAUACGACAGUGCCUUUUUUAGCUUUCGGAGCAUCUUUUAUUUCGUAAAAUUUAAUUCUCAACUUUUUUGCCAUGGAUAAUAUAAAAUGUGUUCAAAAUUUGCCAAAUUUUUUUAGUUUUUUUCUCUAUUUACGUUAUUAUAAAGUGCUGAAACUUUUGUGUUCGUAUUUUACAAUGUUUCCGUCCCUCUGGAUGUCCUAAAACACAAUGCCAAAAAUUGGCGGGAAAAUUUAAAUUCAAUUUUUUUUUGAGUUUUUUCUGGAUUUUACGUUAAUAUAAAGUGCAGAAACUUAUUGUGUUCGUAUUUUACAAUGUUUCCGUCCCUCUGGAUGUCCUAAAACACAAUGCCAAGAAUUGGCGGGGAAAUUAAAAUUCAAAAUUUUUUGAAUUUUUUCUCCUGGAAAUGCAAAAGCGAUUUAUUUUAGAGUAAAAUCAAGUAUAAUUUACCGUAUUUUCAGCCCGAACUUUUCGGAAAUUCCUCUCCUUUUCUCUCCAAACACACAUCGCCAAAAAUUUCGACAGCCGAGAAUCCCCCCUCAACAACCGUCUCCAUGAUCGAAGUCCGCGAUGAAAACGACUCCCGAGGCGCUGUAAAUAUCAUGCCACGUGCGGGGCUGGCGGCUUGCUCGAGGAUACCCAGAUAUGGAAAGGUAAGAUAAAUUUUUAUGAUUUUUUAUGGGAAAAAGUAGAUUUUUUGCUAAAUUUUGGGGAAAAAAUAAAAGAUUUGGGGUUUAAAAUACGGCUUCUUCUCCUGCGUUACUGUUAAAUUAAUUUUCAAGUUAAAAUAGGGCUUUGGAAAUUGAUUUUUUGUCUAAAAUACGGGUUUUGGAUAGUUGUAUUUUAGCAAAAAAAAAAUUUUUUUAAAUUUUUUCGCUUCAAAAUUAAAUUUUCAGUUGAGAUUUAGUGUUAUACGACGAUUUACAAAAUACGAUGUUUUUUAAGUAUUUUUUUUAUCAAAAUUCGCUCAAAAAUUGAAUUUUUUCGCCAUAAUUUUAUUUUUAAAAUACGAUUUUUUUCUCUUAGACCUAAAAUACAACUUCCAAAAAUUCGUAUUUUAGCUCUAAAAAUUUUUUUCAUUGAGAUUUUUCUAUUUUUUAUACAAUUUUAAUCAAUUUUUAUUUUUAAAAUACGGAAAAAAUUUUUCAAAAAAAAAAAAAAAAAAAAAAAAUCAAAACAUUAAAAAAAUUCUCUCCAACCAUUCUAUUGCUUACUAAUCAACAACUAUUGCUUCACUAAUCCCAUUUCUAAUUCCGUAUUUCAGCUGCAAACCCGACGCGCCCAUUCGCCUAACAAUCAACAACAAUUACUGCUUUAAUUCCCUCGGAUUUUACUCCAAUUUCCUUUUGAUUUUAGAUCCAAUCUGUCGCAAAAUUAAUCCUCUUUCUAUUCCUAACAAUAUUUUCCAUCGAUUUUGAUGAUAACCCAUCUUUUUGUUAACAUUUUUUAAAAGAAAAUAUUAUUUUUUUUACGGUCUAGCCAAUUUCUCAGCCCAGCUUUCAAAUAAUAUUUUGUCGAAACGCAUAACCUGUGGAUUAAUAAACUUUUCAUUUUUUAUUUGUUUUUUGCUUUUUUUGAUUUUUGAAAUUUGUUUUUUUCGAAUUGAUGACGUCAGUUUUUAAAAUACGCCUUCGAAAAUUGUCACUGCCGUCCAAAAAGUGCCUCAGAAAAAAUAUUACGUUGUCAUAGAGAAAAAAAAAUACUCCAGACUAUUUUUUUUUUAAUUUUUUUGCCAUAUUUUUGGCCCCUCGGGUUGUCGUGCAGCGACCCGCCAAUAGCCCGCUGGACGUGUGCAAAUUCUCAGGAGUUUUUGGACUAAGUAAUAUCAGUUUGUCGGGAAAAUAAUGAGGACAAUUUCGCUGCGUCAAUCGCGUCGGACGUCAAACUGAGGAGUCCGGUGACCGGAAUAGACUCUUCGCUAUCGGUUUUUUGCAUUUCGUCUUGAUUUCCAGUGAAAGAGAGAAAAAAGACACGCAAAAGCGUACUCUCUCGCCCCAAAAAUUCCCCAUUUCUUCCCCGACAGAAGGUUUUUUCGCGUCUUUUUUUGGCACAUUGCCAAUCCAUUCACCGGACUGUUUUUGCUUAUCUCAGUUUGACGUGCGUCGCUGAAGUGAAAAGUUCAAAUCGAAGCUUCUGAAUUGGUGCAAACUUGGUUAAAAAGACAUUUUGCGAGAAAAGUUCCGAGGGUUUUUUCACCCUUACAAACCGAAAUUAGGCAGCUAAUUUUUACAUAUUCUGAAUCAGAAAAAAUUUGCGAUUAUUUUGAUAUAUGUCUCGACCUGUAACUCCAUACCCCAUAGAAGUAAUUUCCUUUUGAAACCCGACAAACAAAAAGAACAUCGUAUUUUACAAAAAAAAAAAGUUUUACUGUAGGAAGCUCCAAGCCCACGGCAAGCAGAAUAUGAGCGUUGCAACCCUCAAACUGGUCAUUAUUUUCCCGACAGACUGAUACAUACAUAUAAACAUUUUUAUGAUUUUUUCCCCAUGAAUGUCAUUCCAGCCCUCCCUGCCACUAUACGAAGAGCCGGCCGACGCUUUGCCCGAGCCAUUGGAGACCCCCAAAUCGAGGUAUUCCCAGAUCAAGCAGCCGAAUUUCCGUUCGAAAUCCAUGAAUGGAUAUCCGAAGAUCCAUUCGAGUGAUUUGAAUUCCCAUAAUACCACAAGUUUUGGUGUGGAGCUGACCAAAAAUCAGCGGUAUCCGACGCGGGCCGUCGUCAUGACCCAGCUUUAA